CUUAGACUCUCUCUUAUUAUUCCGAUAAAUGCCUUUGGAACUCAUCUUCCUUGUCUCAUUGUAUUCCAAAUCAUGGCUAAUAUAUCUUUCUUGUUUCCUUUGCUCCUUAUAGUUGCUUUGAUAAUUGCCAAUGGCUCUGCAACAAAGGAGAAGGUAGGGAUAUAUGAGCUCAAGAAAGCGCAUUUGACUGUUAAGUUCACCAACUGGGGUGCAACUAUUGUUUCUGUUAUCCUCCCUGACAAAUAUGGCAAACUCGGAGAUAUUGCUCUGGGAUAUGAUUCAGUGGAUGAGUAUAAGAAUGAUACUUCCUACAUUGGAGCCAUUGUUGGUAGGGUUGCUAACCGAAUUGCUGGGGCUCAAUUUACUUUGAAUGGAGUCCAUUACAAAUUGAUCCCAAAUGAAGGCAAAAACAUGCUUCAUGGUGGCCCCAUUGGAUUCAGUGAUGUUGUCUGGAAAGUGAAGAAAUAUAAGAAAGAUGGCGAUGCUCCUUCCAUUGUCUUUGCCUAUGACAGCUAUGAUGGUGAAGAAGGAUUUCCUGGUGCACUCAAAGUCACUGUGGCCUAUACCCUUCUCCCUGACUACAAGUUGAUUGUGACAAUGAAAGCCAAAGCUCUAAACAAGGCUACUCCUGUAAAUCUAGCCCAACAUACAUACUGGAAUCUUGGUAACCACAACAGUGGUGAUAUCCUGUCAGAAGAAGUCCAGAUUUUUGCUUCCCACUACACCCCUGUCGAUAGCCAGCUCAUUCCCACUGGAAAAUUUGCAACUGUAAAGGGAACUCCAUACGAUUUCCUCCAACCCCACAGUGUUGGAAGCAGAAUCAACGAACUUCCUAGUGGUUAUGAUAUCAACUACGUACUUGAUGGUGCUCCUGGAAAGAUAAAGAAAGUAGCUGUGGUGAAGGAUAACAAAUCUGGAAGAGUUAUGGAGUUGUCGACAAAUCAACCUGGUGUGCAAUUUUAUACAGCAAAUUUCCUGAAAGAUGUGAAGGGAAAAGGUGGAUACGUUUAUCAACCUCAUGCAGCUUUAUGUUUGGAGACUCAAGCUUUCCCUGACUCCGUCAAUCACCCCAACUUCCCUUCAACUAUUAUUUACCCUGGAAAGAAAUACAAGCAUGUUAUGCUGUUCGAGUUUUCGAUUUCAUCCUAGACAAACCUGGUGUGUCAAACCAUUACCGCAACCACUUAAAUCUUUGUUGCAGUCCUUUUAAUGUUCUUGUUGUAGAAUCAUAAAACUUGAAACAAUAAUGUAUUCCAGAUUUUAACUUUUAACAAUCUGAUUCCCAAAAUGGGAAAUAAACUUGUUUUAGAGCAAGUAAUUUUGUGAUUUCUUCAGUAGGAAGAAACUUGUUAUGCUUUGAUCAAGUAGUGAACCAAAUCAAAAGAUUUAGAAGUGAUUGAAGAUGUGAGUAUGAAUCAAUUGAAUUUAAUAAAU